UUCAUGUCAGUAAUCCAAACACAUCGCUAUGGUCGCAAUAAAAACAAGUGGUUCACUUUGAAAUUGAAUCAUUCUACUUCGUGACUUUAAACUUUCAAAAUGGUACUGAAAUGGGUAAAAGGAAACGCUCGAAGCCGAAUGAGCAAUAAAGCACUGUUGGGUGGAAAAGAUAGUGACGGCGCAUCCAUCUACGUCGGUCGUGCAUUCCACCAGGGAGUUUGGCUGCCAGCAAAAUUUAUUCCAUCGAAAAACGCUUGUUACGUGCCUUAUAAUGGAAAGGAAGUGUUUGUGCAAGACUUCGAAGUAUUAGAAGCCAAAGAAAAUAAAUUCUCGUGGGAACCGGCAAGCGAUGGAAGAAUUGCCACUGGCGCUGUCUCGACAGGGCGUGAUGGAAAUGAUGAAAUUUACAUUGGACGCGCUCCAUAUCAAGGCUCAAUGACUGUUGGAAAGAUUCAUCCCUCUCACCGCUGUAUUUAUUUACCCUACGGUGGAAAUGAAGUUCGCCUUACUCACUACGAAGUGCUUGUGUAUAAGAGACCCUCUCUUCAAUGGAUGUCAACAAAUUCUCAUUCUCCACUACCUCGUAACGCAGUUCUCGGUGGUCGUGAUACCGAUGGCGCAGAAAUCUUCGUAGGACGAGCAUCUCACGCUGGUGACGUUAUGCCUUGCAAAGUUAUUCCCAGCAAGAGAGUUGCUUAUGUUUCAUAUAAUGGCUCGGAAGUUUCAAUGCACAAUUUUGAAGUCUUGGUGGGAAGUAAUGCAAAGUGGAAGAAAGCAAGAGAUGGAAAAGUCCCCAAGGGAGCGUUUCCAGGUGGAUCAAGUAGUGGUGAAGUUCUUUAUAUUGGUAGAGCAAACCAUAAUCGUAGUACAACUGUUGGAAAACUUCAUCCUAGUCAUGGAUGUGUUUACAUUCCUUAUGGCGGCAAAGAACAUUCAUUCAGAGAGUACGAAGUUCUAACCGGAUAUUGAAAUGUUUGAAACAUUUGUGACAACUUUCAUUUGAAAAUUAUUUUUACCAGAAAUUAAAAUGUGGACAAUUUGAUUUCAAUAAAAUUCUAUAAAUGUUUUGCUAAUUAAAAGCUGGAGGCAUUUUUUCUGCAUGGU